ACAGAGCCAGAGAUGGAGAGAAGAGAAGAGGAGAGAGAGCCGACGAGAGAGAAGAGGGAAGAAGAUAUUCUGUUUCGUCUACCCCGUCGGCCGCCAUUAGAAGGUUGAUAACCGGAGAGGAAGCGGGGUGAGCGGGAGCCAUGGCCCGUGGACUAUGCGGGUUACCCUUUUAAAGAAACGGAUGACCCGUUGAAAAUGGAUCGGGCUACAAAGUGGGCCCCAACCCAUUCUAAUCAUCUCAUCGGUCUACGUUUCCCAGCGGAUUUUCAGACCGCAGGAAGAUCGAUUCAUCGCCGCCUCCUUUUUUGUCUGUCCUUUUACCAAUCUCCGACGAAUUCGCGGCUCUGUUGUACCUGAGGAUACGGAAGCGGAAAUCCUGUAGACCUUCUUGGAUGACGUCAGAUUAUGGAUUGAAUAUUGCAGCGGAGCUUGAAUCAGCUUCGCGGCUGAGAGCUACUCAAUAUUUUGUGACGCAGAGGCCAUGGCUUGAUCUUUACGGGGUUAAUGUGAGGCCUGUUGCUCCCUUCAGUAGUUUGCGCAGCAAGCAGCUUGUCGACACUGCUCUUAUACAUCGUUGCUUGCCAGAUGAGUUACUUUUCGAGAUAUUCUCGAAAAUGUCUCCAUACACUCUGGGGAGGGCAGCUUGUGUUUGUCGGAAAUGGAGAUACACUAUUCGUAAUCCGGUGUUUUGGCGCAAUGCUUGCCUAAGGGCUUGGCAGAUAAACGGCGUGGCAGAAAAUUAUAAGAUCUUGCAAUCAAUAUAUGACGGGUCGUGGAGAAAAAUGUGGCUUUUAAGGCCGCGAAUUCGAACUGAUGGCCUUUAUGUGAGCCGGAACACCUAUAUUCGCGCCGGAGUGGCAGAAUGGAAGAUUACCAACCCUGUUCAUAUUGUUUGCUAUUUCCGGUACUUGCGGUUUUUUCCUUCCGGUAGAUUUCUGUACAAGAAUUCAUCCCAAAAGGUUAAAGACGUGGUGAAAUUUCUGAACUUCCGAUCCGCAAAAACUGAUUGUGUCUUCGCCGGGCAAUACACUCUCUCUGAAGAUAAGGUUGAAGGUGCUCUCCUGUAUCCCGGCUUGCGCCCAACUGUGUUGAGACUUCGAUUGAGGUUGAGAGGGACGAUGCCCGGCGCCAACAAUAGAAUGGAUCUCAUCUCCCUCGUUACAAGCGGCGUGAACGAUGCCGAGGCCAGUGGUCCCGCCGACGACAUUCUUGGCGUAGUCGAAGGCUGGCAAGAAGAUGAAACACAUAACCCCGACGUCCCUGCAAUCUCCCACAAGAGAGGUUUGACACCCUUCGUCUUCGUCCAGUUCGAUGAGGUCGAAACAUCGGUGCUGAAUCUGCCCGUAGACAAGAUGGAUUACUUCGUCACCGGUUGAGAUCCUCCUUCCCAGCUGUCUCUGUAUAUACAAAACAUAGCUUGUUGUGUAUUGCUUGUUUAUGUGACCGUUCUGCUUUGCUUGAAUGUGACUAUGGAAUAAAAGCUGCUUGUUGUUUGUUGUGUUCA